GAAAUCAAUUCAUUUUAGAUUAAUAAAAUAAAAUUUUCUUGUAACAUAAAAAAACACAUACAUAUUUGUAAAUUUUAAAUAAGAAUUUCCAAUAACAGAAUGGAACAAACUUUAGAUAAAACCAUAAAUGAAAUAAUUUCAACUCCGAAUACAAUUGGGUGUCUUUUUGCUGAUAAACAGGGAUUAUGUUUAAGUGCAAAAGGUAAUAUAUCAACAAAAGCAGCUGGAAUUGCAAUCGCUAUCUCAGAGCAAGCUUGUAAAUUAGAACCAAACGCUAAUCCACCAGUUAUUUCUUUAGAUUAUGGAAAUAAAACUUGUUUAAUACAUAAAUACGGUGGACUUACUGGUGUUAUUUAUAAGCAAUCAACUGGACCCAAAUAACUGGGUACUUUUAUUUUGUUUUAUUAUUAUUUUUAAUUUAAGCAAAUCGUAUGAUAUACAUAAAAUAUAAUUUAUACAUUGAAUAUAAUAUUAAAUUAAAACAGAAUAUUUUAUAAAAAUAAUACGGAAUUGUUAUUUAGGUUUCAUAUUUAUGUAAUUAAACACCUGAAAUAUUAUAGUAUACAUAUUAAAGAAAAAUGUUUAGAAUCCUUAGUUUGUAAUUUUUUU